GCAAGCUCGUUGUGGUCAUGCCUCGCAACACCCUCUCACGCGCCUCAUCAGGCUCCAUGCCAAGAUAAGCUCGCACAGCUCCUCGCCAAGAUGGCGUGCCAGUGCCAGCCAACACUUCUCCCUCCUCUCGCAGCCACAGCAGCCUGGGCUCACCACCACCAGCACCAACGAUGGCCGGCGACUGGCGCUCUCCCAUCGGCCGCCGCGUCGUGCUGUUCCCCUUCCCUUCCGGGAGCCACAUCACCCCGAUGCUGCAGCUCGCGGGGCUCCUCCGCGCGCGGGGCCUCGGCGUCACCGUGCUCCACGCCGACUUCAACGCGCCCGACCCCGCGCGGCAUCCGGAGCUCGCCUUCGUCUCCAUCCGCGAGUCCCUCCCCGACGAGGUCGCCGCCAGCCCCGACCAGGCCGAGCGGAUGAUGGGCCUCAACGCCGCCUGCGAGGCGCCGUUCCAGGCGGCGCUCGAGGAGCUGGUGCGCCGCGGCGGCGGGCCGGUCGCCUGCGCGGUGGUCGACGGGCAGUGGUACGGAAUGCUGGGCGCGGCCAGGCGCGCCGGCGUCCCCGCGCUCGCGCUGGGGGCGGGCAGCGCCGCCGCGUUCCUCGCCAUGCUCGCCGCCCCACGCCCUCGCGCCGACGGCUACGUCCCCAUCGAAGAGGCCGAUCGGCUGGACGAGGUGGUGCCGGGCCUCGAGCCACUCCGCGUGCGAGACCUGAUCGGCCUCGACGGCAGCGACGGCGAGACGGUGCUCCGCUUCGCCGCCUCCGUCGCCGGCGCCGUGCGGGACGCCUCGUCGGGCGUCGUGCUCAACACGUUCGACGCCAUCGAGGGCCCGGAGCUGGCGGGGAUCCGGCGCGAGCUGUCCCGCCCGGUGUUCGCCGUCGGGCCGCUGCACCUGGCGGCCGGCCCGCCGGCGGUGCAGCAGCACGCGCCGGACGGCGGCUGCUUGGCGUGGCUGGACGCGCGGCCGCCGCGCUCCGUGCUGUACGUUAGCCUGGGCAGCGCGGCGCGCGUGGACCGCGCCGCGUUCGAGGAGAUGGCGUGGGGGCUGGCCGGCAGCGGCGUGCCGUUCCUGUGGGUGCUCCGCCCCGGCUCCGUCGGCGGAGCCGCCGACGCCGACGGCGACUUGCCGCCGUUCCCGGAGGAGCUCCACGAGACGGUGAGGCGCAGGGGCAAGGUGGUGGCGUGGUCGCCGCAGGGGGCGGUGCUGGCGCACCCGGCCGUCGGCGGGUUCUGGACGCACUGCGGGUGGAGCUCGGUCGUGGAGGCCGUUUGCGAGGGGGUGCCCAUGCUCGUGCACCCGUGCCUCGCCGACCAGACGGUGAGCGCGAUGUACGUGGCGCGGCGAUGGGGCGUCGGGAUGGAGGUCGGGAGGGUGGUCGAGAGGACGGCCAUGGCGAGGGCGAUCCGGAGGCUGAUGGCCAGGGAGCACGGGCCGCAGGCGCCGAGGGAGAGGGCUCGCCUCCUGAGGACGCAGGCGAGGCAGUGCGUCGCGGAAGGAGGGCCGGCUAGCUUGGCCAUCGAUGACCUUGUGGAGUACAUCAUGGGUCUCUGAGCAUGAUCUUGGU